GUCGUUUCAUGAGCACUGUGCUGCAGGAAUGGUGUGUGUCGUAGGCAGAGCAGUUACAAGGUUGUGCGUCCCGUGUACAGUGCGUAUUUUCACAGUCGCAAUGGCAGACGCUUUGGGUAAAGUCCCCGACGCUGAAGUCGAUCCAGAGGGAACAUUUAAGUAUAUUUUAGUGAGGAUAAAAGUAAAAGAUGGAACUGAAUACAAAGAUAUAGUGAGAGGCACAAAGAGUGCUGGGCAGUAUCACAAUCAUAUAUUUGAGAAGGUCACCCCACCAAUAACGGCUUUGGGACUGGAGUGCAACUGUCUUGGAGGAGGGAAGAUUGAGCACAACAGUAAAGACAAAAAACUGCGUGUUUUUGGAGAAUCAACCGGCUAUGGCAAAGCAGAUCAUUCAGUGUCUGUGGAGAAGCUGAAGAGUGUCUUCAAAGACUACGAGAUCACCUGGUCCGAUGAUAAAGAAUAGGUCACCUGGUCCGAUGAUAAAGAAUAGGUCACCUGGUCCGAUGAUAAAGAAUAGGUCACCUGGUCCGAUGAUAAAGAAUAGGUCACCUGGUCCGAUGAUAAAGAAUAGAUCACCUGGUCCGAUGAUAAAGAAUAGAUCACCUGGUCUGAUGAUAAAGAAUAGAUCACCUGGUUCUGGUAAAGAAUAGAGGGAAACUCCCUCUUUGUGUAUGUCUGCUAAUAUCUGCCAUAUGGCUAUACGCCCCUGUUAACAAAACAACACAGAUGUCACUGCAAUGAUUCAAAAUCAUUAAAGUAACACGUUUUUUUUCA